AUGGUUUGCAACUACGUCUACGUCAAUCUCGUCGUCUUUCUCUUCUCCGCAACUUUGAUUUUGCAGGGUCUGGCGUAUACUGAUCCCCCUGACGUCACAGCUCUCCAGGAUCUAUACAGGGCCUUAAACAGCCCACCGGUGCUGCAUGGAUGGAACGGUUAUGAUCCUUGUGAGGAAUCUUGGAUGGGAGUAGCAUGUUCUGGGUCUUCUGUUAUACACCUCAAAAUUAAGGGAUUGAACCUUACCGGGUAUCUUGGAGGCUUUCUCAAUAAUCUACAAAACUUAAAGCAGCUUGAUGUCAGUUCUAACAACAUAGUGGGCGAAAUACCAGAGGGUUUACCCCCGAAUGCCACACAUAUGAAUUUAAGCCACAAUUUCUUAUUUGGACCCAUUGGCAAUGUGUUUACCGGCUUAGAUAAUCUCAAAGAAAUGGACCUUUCAUAUAAUAAUUUUACCGGGGAUCUGCCAAGUUCGUUUGGUUCCUUGACAAACCUUGAUAGAUUGUUCCUCCAGAAUAACAGAUUCACUGGAUCAGUCACCUACCUAGCUGAGCUUCCACUCAUUGAUUUGAACAUUCAAGACAAUUUGUUCAGUGGCAUUCUUCCACAGCAUUUUCAGUCCAUACCAAACUUAUGGAUUGGAGGGAACAGGUUCCAUCCAGUGGAGGACUCUCCUCCCUGGGCAUUUCCUUUGGACAAUGUACCCAUUGAACAAAAUACAACUCGCCCUCCCACGACUCAGGCAAAUGCCAUCGAGAACUAUGUUCAUCCUAAAGUAAGGAAACAAAAGAAAAAACGUAUGGGUCCCGGAGGAAUAGCUUUUAUGGUUGGUGGAGGAACAUUAUUGGCAACAGCGUUUGCGCUCUUCGUUGCAAUCCAUUUGAAUAGACAUCAUACACAGAGACAAGAAAGUAGCCAUAAUUCAUUGCCUUCUUAUCCGAUCAGUGCAACCAAAGAGGUCUCAUCUACGGCAAUAGAUGAGAGCCUGGAAAUCCCACCUUUCAAUGGUGCGUCCCUUUUGGGUCCAACUCCAAGGCGAUUACCUACCCAGCACCAUAAAAGAACAGGAGAAACGUCAAGAAGAAGUUUUUCCGAAAGAGAUAGAUACACAAGAAGGACAAAGGUUUAUACAGUAGCGGAGAUUCAGUUGGUCACAAACAGUUUCAAUGAAAACAACCUUCUGGGAGAGGGAUCCCUUGGCCCUGUUUACAGAGCUGAAUUUCCAGAUAACAAGGUUUUAGCCGUGAAAAAUAUCAACAUGGCGGGAUUGUCAUUCAGUGAAGAGGAAAAGUUCUUAGAUGUUGUUUGUACCGCUUCCCGUCUGAAGCACCCUAAUCUUGUUGCACUUAAAGGUUACUGUUUGGAGCACGGACAGCAUCUUCUUGUCUACGAUUAUGUCAGAAAUUUAACUCUGGACCAAGCUCUUCACUGUGCUGCAUAUAAACCUUUAUCAUGGGGCAUCCGCCUCCGAAUUGCUCUAGGAGUUGCUCAGGCUCUGGACUAUUUGCACUCCACGUUCUCCCCUCCCGUCGCUCAUGGCAACUUGAAGGCUACCAAUAUUCUACUGGACGAAAAUCUUAUGCCUCGUGUUACUGACUGUGGCUUGGCUAGUUUGAGACCACUAACAGGCAAUAAAGUAAAAAUUCGAGCUUCUGAGAUUGCUAUUAGAGAUACAGGAUACAGUUCACCUGAUCAUGGCGAGCCAGCAAAUGGCUGCACGAAGAGUGACAUUUUCGCCUUUGGAGUGCUACUUCUUGAACUGUUAACCGCAAGAAAACCUUUCGAUGGUUUCAGGCCAAGGGAAGAGCAAUAUCUAGCAACAUGGGCUUCGUCAAGGCUUCAUGACAACGAGAGUUUGGAACAGAUGGUGGAUCCGUCAAUUAGAAGGACAUUUCCAUCCAAGGCUCUUUCGCGUUAUGCUGAUAUUGUUUCCCUCUGCAUUCAGCCUGUAAAGGAAUUCCGACCUCCAAUGUCUGAAAUCGUGGAUUCUCUUGUAUCUUUUUCUCAAAAGUUCGUGUCAAAGAGCGGCGUAGCAGAUGGUACUGAACUUGAUCCACUUGAGAGGUCAUUCCGUACAACCAAUUCCCGCUUUGUGUCUUCACCCGCGAUGAGCUAUGUAUCCGCUUGA